GGUCUCACUAUGUACCCCUGACUGGCCUGGAACUCAGGCGCUCCUGAAAUUUAAAGAGAUCGGCCUGCCUCUGCCAACUUGUGGGAUUAGAGAUGUAAACACACCAUGCCAGGCUCCCUUUGAAUUUUUUGGACAGAUUCUGUGUAAUCCAGGCUAGAUUUGACCUCAUGGCAAUUCUCCUGCCUCAGCCUCUCCAGUGAGUGCCAACACACCUGACUAGAUUGUUGUUUUUAAAGGAGAAGACAGCAUGGGAUCUACUUCCUCCACACCUAAAUCCACAAUCUGCACAUUCUCCACGACAGCCCCAGUGACCAGCUCUACACCCUAUUUCUUCAACCCCAAAAAGGAACACAUCAUCUUGGCCUUUUUUGCUGGGGUUCUGCUGACACUGCUCAUUGUGGCCCUUAUCUUCCUCAUUGUCAAGAGCUGCAGAAAAUGUCACUCCAGUGCCCAGACCCAGGACCCUCCCUCAGAGCCUCCCACCAAACUGUCGUCUUUAUCAAAGGAGUCACUCACGUAUGCCAGCAUGACUUUCAAGCCCCCAGAAGAAAACAGCAAUGACUUGACUAGAAACCACUCCUCAGGCUUGGAGCCCACUAUCUAUUCCCAGAUUAAAGUGACAGACUCAGAUCUGCCUCUCCCAUGAGGCAGAAUGCAGACCUCAGCUCAGCUCCUUCGACAUGUUGCUUUCUGGAUUUAUUCAUAUGUUUGAUUUUGUUGUUUUCCACAAACCUGGGACCACACUCUAUGUAAAGCUGUAGUUGGGGUGGUUUAGGCUUGAUCUAACUUAAUUGUCAUCAGUCAUAAGGACCAGUGGUUAAUGACAUUCACCACUAGAGGAAAGGUGGCUGGUGCUGUCACUCCAACUGAAGGUGGCAGCCCCUUGAGUGAUGAUGCCCCUAAACCUUUCCAAAGGGUGGGGGUAGAGCUCAAGACAAAGAAACACAGUGAUGAUAACCAGGGAGGGGCCAAUGAACAGUUGAAGAUUUUCAAAUAAUGGCAGACCCUCCUCCAAGGUUGGUCCCUUCAUCUUCUCCAGAAAUCAAGACCAGAAUUCUAAGCCAACACAAAGUCUGUAUGGUAUAAAACACUACUAAAAUGUGGGUUUCUAUCUCCUUUGUAUGGCAUUAGAGAUAUGUGUGACAACUUGGUUGAGAGCCAAAAGUAGAGAUUAAACAUGUUCAUUUUAUUCCCCAAAACAAAUGGACAAUCAUAUAGACUACCCCAUGAAAAAAUCAGCAAGAUUCUUUUUAAUUAAGCAAUCUUACUCUGAAAUGUAAGUAUCAAGCAAGAAGAAAACAUUUAUAAAAUAAGCCUGAGGGCUGGUGAAGUAGAUAAGGACAUUUGCUACCAAACCUGACAACCUGAGUUUAGUCCUGUGACUCACACGGUGGAAGGAGAGAACUGACUCCUGAAAGUUGUCCUCUGACAACUUUACUCUGUGGUGUGUAUGUACAACCUAGUACACAAGCAUGCACACACACACACACACACACACACACACACACACACACACACACAAAUCCAUAGCUAUUGUGGCAUCAUUAAGACCUGUGCAAGCCCAGGCAUGGAGAGAUGACAUGAGCCUACAGUCUGACCCCUCACUGAAGAAUUAUUAGCUCCCUGGUAAGUUGACUAUGUAUAAAUUCAAUUCAUGACCACUGGACAAGACUGAGACUGGUCAGGAGCAGAGGGAGAACGCUUUUGUGGGAGGGGGUGUUUCUUACUCAAAGAAGAAGAAAGACUACAAGGAAGCAUGCAAGUAUGACGUCUAGACCCUGGCCCUUUCCCUCAGACUGCUGAGGGGUUUGGAGUUCCCUCCCUAUAGAAAGGAGUCGGGGCAGAACCUGAACUAUGCUCAUCAAAGACAUUUCAAGAGCCCUGAUCUAAUCUGACAAGACGCAUACUGAAUCUGAUCAACACCCAAUCUGACUCCAACCCUGUUCAGACAGGGCAUGGGGGGCACUCGAGGAUUCUGGAGGCUGAGGCUGAGGUUGGGCAUAUCAAAUUGUGUGCUUCUGGGACUAAGGAAAUGCCUCCAUCAGUGAAAGGCUCUCCUUGCAGGAACAAGAACCUGACUUCGAUCUCCAGGACCCAUGGGAAGAUGUGGGGCCCAGUGGCACAUACAUGAUUGCAAUCAUAGCGCUGGAGAGGUGGAGGCAGGAGCAUCCCCGGCUCUCGUUGUUCAGCUAGCCUAGCUUAAUCAGCAAGCUCCAGGCCAAUGAGAAACCCCCAUAUCUCAUAGAAAGUGGACAGCUCCUGAAGACGUGAGAUUAUCUUCCAGCCUCUACGUGUCCGAGCACACACAUGAUGUGCACUUCUCCCACAGGGUAGCAGGGGCCUUAGGAAGGCAACAAAGGCAGCGACGAAACAGGACAGGUGCCAUAUGGGGAGAUGGCCAGCUUGCAGGGGAGCACGUGCAAUAGUGGUAAUUCUGCUUGCUCCCACAGAGGAUGCCUCAUUCUUGCCUUGUGCUUCCUGAUUGGAAAACACUUGUCACCUGUCACCCCUUGAUUACUCAUUGGUCAAAACCAGCACCCACUCUCUCUGGUGACAGUUAUCUCCAUUAGGGAUGUUCUCUGGAGUGCAGAGUCUUUUCACUAAGACAAUAUGAGAACCACAGACUCUAUCGAUCUUCUAUUUUUGGAUAAAACAUUUGAUACCAAUUCAGAAAUGCACUGGAAUAUUAUGCUUUUUAGGAACGUUUCAAUAAAUACUUUUCCAUCAAUGUCAGCCUAGGAGAUGUCAGUCAUACCUGGGGGAGGGGGGGGAUUUUCAACAGUAUUCAGAUAGUUAUUGGCUGCUAAAUGAAAUAAAUAAGUCAUUUCCCUUUG